GAAGCAUUGUUCCAAGCAAGUGGUUAAAGCUUUGGGAUCAAUUUGUAGGUGCCUCCAUUUGUUGAAGAAAGCAACAUCAUGUCUAUUGAUAAAAGCUGGACUACUAAUCCAUAUCGAAACCAUCCCGAGUUCCAAGCAGGACUCAAAGCUUUUAUUGAGAAGUCGAAGUUGCACGUUGAUAGUAAUGGUAAAAUCAGAUGUGCGUGUGAAAGUGAGUUUACGCCAACUCAAGAAAGAGCUACGUUCGAGAAAGUAUUAGGAGAGCGACGUGGCCACAUUAGAGGCAUUGGCCGCAAACCUUCUGGUCUCCCGACGAUUCCACAGCCUUCGCAACCAUCACAACCACCAUCACAACCAUCACAGUUGGAAAAUCUUCGUGCAAUGCUCGCCGACCCGGCAUGUAGGGAUGAGCUUUAUUCGUUUUUUCAAUCCCAAAACAAUCAAGGAAACGAUGGGAACGGUGAUGAGGGUAUUUAUCAUUACCGGCGACACUUUUGCCGGCGACACUAUUACCGGCGACAAAUGUCAUUCCCGGCGACAACAUUAUUAGCGGCGACAAUUGUCAGUAGCGGCGACAUACUAAUAGCGGCGACUAUUAUCUUUAGCGGCGACAAACUGAUCAAUAGCGACGAGGCAGUACCAGCGACUCAUUACCGGCGACGCGUCGCCGCUAUUAUCAGUACCGGCGACAUUUGGGACUUUUACCGGCGACUUUUGUCGCCAGUAAUGGCCUUUUUCCUUGUGGUGUCCGUUAACAACAACAUAAUUGCCAUGGGGGUGGGGCAACUUUGUUGGGCCUAG